GUGGCGCGCCGGCGCCGGGGAUGCGAGCAGCUAGCGAGGAGGCGGCGGCAGCGGUGGCGGGAAGUGCAGGAGUGGGCGAGGAGGAGAAGCAGGAGGUGAUGGCGACGGACCUGGGGAGGGGCAGACGCUCCGUCUGGCUGAGGCGCCCCCUGGGCUGGGGUCCCCCUUGCAGGUGACACACUGGCUCGGGAGUGGACGCGCCCCCCGGGCCUUGUUUGGGACCCAGACCCCCGCUCCCCGGAGAGUCUUGACACCGCCCGUCUUCAUCCUGAGGAGCGAGCGGGAGAGGGACUUGGCUCAACAGGCAAAAGAAGGACUAAACAAAGGAGAGGAAACCAACAAAAAUAACUUUGGAAGCACUGAAUGUGGCAAAAUAAGAACAAUGGAUCUCAAGUUCAACAGCUCCAGGAAAUAUAUUUCUAUCACUGUCCCGUCCAAAACCCAAGCAAUGUCACCACACAUCAUGUCGAUAGAUGACAUUGUAGUGCUUGGCAUAAAUCUCAGCAGAUUUAACAAACUUACUCAAUUUUUCAUAUGUGUUGCUGGAGUUUUUAUAUUUUACCUAAUUUAUGGAUAUUUACAGGAAUUAAUAUUUUCAGUGGAGGGUUUUAAGCCCUAUGGCUGGUACCUUACUUUAGUGCAAUUUGCAUUUUACUCCAUAUUUGGCCUAAUAGAACUUCAGCUUAUUCAGGACAAAAGGAGAAGAAUACCAGGAAAAACCUACAUGAUAAUAGCUUUUCUAACUGUGGGUACUAUGGGGUUAUCAAACACUUCCUUGGGCUACCUGAAUUAUCCUACCCAAGUCAUCUUCAAGUGCUGCAAAUUGAUUCCUGUUAUGCUAGGAGGAGUUUUUAUUCAAGGAAAGCGUUAUAAUAUUGCAGACGUGUCUGCUGCCUUGUGUAUGAGCCUCGGCCUGAUAUGGUUUACACUAGCCGACAGCACGGUUGCACCAAAUUUCAACCUGACAGGUGUGACCCUCAUCUCCCUGGCUCUGUGUGCAGAUGCCAUCAUUGGAAAUGUCCAGGAGAAAGCAAUGAAGCUGCAUAGUGCUUCCAAUUCGGAAAUGGUUUUGUAUUCAUACUCAAUCGGCUUUGUGUACAUUUUAUUGGGAUUGACAUGCACUAGUGGAUUAGGCCCUGCAGUAACAUUCUGUUCAAAGGAUCCAAUUCGGACCUAUGGUUAUGCUUUCCUUUUCUCUCUCACUGGGUAUUUUGGAAUCUCUUUUGUUCUGGCUUUGAUUAAAAUUUUUGGUGCACUUCUUGCUGUAACAGUGACAACAGGGAGAAAAGCAAUGACGAUUGUACUUUCUUUUAUGUUCUUUGCCAAACCAUUCACAUUUCAGUAUGUUUGGUCUGGUUUGUUAGUUGUCCUUGGUAUAUUUCUCAAUGUUUACAGCAAAAAUAUGGACAAAAUAAGACUACAAUCACUGUAUGAUCUGAUAAACAAAACAUUGGAAGUGAGGAAGUCAAGGACGUUGGCACAAACUGUAUAGGCAGUGAUUUGUAACGUAGAAUUAAUUCAUCAAUCAACUUUCCAAAGCGACUUUUAUAAAAACUAAAGGCUCUGAAGGUGUGCUGUCCACAUGUGAAUGGAUUACAUAUGAGGUCGGCCUUUCUUCAGAACCCUUGUUUGACUGUUUAACUUCUGAAGCAAUCAAAAGAGCCACACCGGCACACCUUAGAAUAAAACGUCAGUAUGAAGGACUGCAGUACUUACAGUCUGUUGAGAAUUUCACUGUGGACCAUGUUGCAAGACAAAUUGGAUAUCAUUAUGACAUAUCAAAGAAACUGAUAUGUAAACGCAGAGUUUUCUUUUUUCCAUUCCAUUUUGGUGGUAUUUAAAUUGGCUCUCUGUUGUAAGAGUGAACUGAUGAUUUAAAGUCUAGAGAGAAUAACGUCAUUAUAAAUAAAAAUUAUUCUGUGAUUUUUUUUUAAAAGAAUGUGAUAAAAUUGGGGUAGUGAAGGUUGGAUUUUGUUAUGAAGAGGAGAAGUACAGUGUAUAUAAACUAAAGCUUAGGCUUUUCUCUGAUCAUUUAAAAGUAUUCUUUAGAGAAAAUGGGCUUUACAUUUUCUGUGGAAUAUAGGCAAUAGAAUAAAAAGAGCCAUCAUCCUGUGUCCUGUAACUAUGUAUCACAAGCCAGAUUUCCCAUCAUUCAUCAAAGGUGCUUAAAGAUUUCAUGAUUUGUAUUUUUAAAUUGAAGGGAGGGACUUCCCUGGUGGUCCAGUGGUUAAGACUCCACCUUCCAGUGAAGGGUUGCGGGUUUGAUCCCUGGUCAGGGAACUAAGAUCCCACGUGCCAAAAAAAAACAAAACAUAAAACAGAAGCAGUGGUGUAACAAAUUCAAUGAAGACUUUUAAAAAUCUUUAAAAAAAUAAAUGAAGGGAAAAUAAUUGAUGUCUUAAAUUAUUAUAAAAUAAUAAAUUACCAUAGUUUUUCUUAAAAAUGGAAUUUAAUGAGACAGCUUGAAGAUGAAAUUGGAUAAAUUAAAAAGCACAAGUAGACUUAGCAAAUUCGCACAAUAUGUUGCUUGCACAGUUUUAAGUCUAAAUUCAGAAAGACUCUUGACGGACCUUUGCCCUUGGUUUCUGGGAGGGAGCUUCUAGUCCUUGGAAUUUCCCAAGUGAUAGGAAUUGUUCGUCAUGGUAGUUCUGGGGUGGGGGCUGGCCUUGCUGGAAAGUCUCACUGUGUGACUAUAGGAUUAGGGCUUUGACCCUCAGGAUAUCAGCCCAACCUUUGGGGAAGGAAAGGGGUUUGGCAAUUAAGUUCAGUCGGUCAGUGAUUCAGUCAAUCAUGGCUACGUAGUGAGAGCCAAUAAAACCUGCAGACACCAAGGCUGGGGAUGGCUUCCCUGAGUGUACGUGCCCGUGGAUGUGCCAGAAGAGUGAUGCUCCUGAGGACACGGAGCUUAGACCUUGCCCCCCCCGGGUCUCUUCUUUUGUCUGUUCCUUAUUUGUAUCCUUUAUGAUAAAACUGUACUGGGAUGUAUAGCGCAUCCCUGAGUUCUUGAGUUGUUCUAGCAAAGUAUGGAACCUGAGGGGCAAGCAGGAACGCCCCCAAAUUUGUGACCAGUUGGUGGCCUGGGGUGUUCAGAGCUUGCUGCUGGUUCUGAAGUGAGAGCAGCCCUGUGGGGACUGUACCCAUAACUUGUGACACUUGACCUAACUCCAGAUAGGACAGCACUGCAGGCUUCAGGCUUACCAGAUAUUUUUAAAUAACUUCUAGCAUUCUCUGAACCGUUAUCAUGUCUCGUAAUUUCCUGAAGUGAUUUUUAUCUUAAACCCACUUUAUGUUCUAGAUUCUUCCUUGGUCAGAAAGCACAGAAACCUAGUAAAAUUUGACCAGGAUAAUGAGUCAACAGUAUGGCUUAACAUCAUGAAAAUAUUUAUGCAUCCCAGUAUCACAUUUGCCCUUUAAAUGGCACGGUUAUCAGAUUCUCGGGUAAAGCAGAGUGAUGCCCAGAAUGUCUUGCGUGCUUCCUUCCUGAAUAAGCAAAUGGCAGUUUGUUCCCAUUAUGUGUUUGAGCAAAAAGGUCUCAUUUUCACAUACUCUGCAUGUCACGCGUGCCUAUUGAAUGUUCUUGUACUUGCCUGCUGAACCAACCAUCUCAACCUGUUUAACAAAUGUGGUAACGUCACUGACUUUGCUGUAUUUUUAAGAGCAUUUGUUAAUUCACUGUCACUGGACCAGAUGUGAGCCAGGCAUCACACUAGAUGCUGAGGCUGCACAAGAGAACCAAAUACAACCCUCCCUCUUAAGGAACACCCGUUCUAGAGAAGAUUGGCAGUGAUCUCUACAUAAAAAUACCUAAACUGUGUUGAUUUCCUUCCAGUCAUGAAGUAUCUCAGCCUUGAGUUUUCAAAAUAAUCAUUCCCCAUGGUGGUAGCGCUUCUAAAACUUGCAUGUGCAGAUGAAUCACCUGAGGAUCUUCUUUAAAAACAGGUUUUUAAUUCAGGAGGAUUGACUUGGAACCUGAGAUCGUACCAACGAGAAGCAAUGCUGCUGGUCCGUGGACCACCCUUUGGUGUGGAGGUCUCUGCUACAAACUCUGGACAUUUUCAACAUCGCAGCAUCUUAAAUUAUUUGAAUACUUUUCACCAAAUUGCCUUCCCUUUUCAAACUUAACCAUCCUGUGUGGCCUGACCCUGUUUAACUUCUCUGAGUCUCUUUGUUUCAAAGUUGAACAGAAAUCUUACCAUGUUGCAGAGUCGCUGGCACAAGUGAAAAGAAUUCUUUAAUCACUGCAGGUGUAUGAAAGUUUAAUAAUCAUUACUUUCUCCAUAAAUGUUACUUUUUUUUUAAACCUUCAUGAAAGUAAGAUAAACCCAUAAUUUCCUACCAGUCAUGGUCUGUUGUUUUAAUUUCAUGGCAUGUAGUUAGAAUACUCUUUAUGCUAUUUUGUAGUGACAUUAUGAAGAAACCAUUCACUUCAGUGAUUUACUGCUGCUUCAGAGUGGACUGUGUAUUACGGGGGGUUUGGGAAGUAGGGCUUAACACUUAAGGGAUUCUUCUGAGACUUUAAUCACAAAACGUGUUUUAUUAAAUAUCUUAAUCCUAUGAUACCCCCCAAAUUUCUAAAACAUAAUUAAUUAGACCAUUGUAAUCAGUUUGACACAACUGAUAAGAUUUAAAUAGAUGAAGUAAGUAAAACGUGGAUAAUUAUUCACAGUAGAUGAUUGAGACCUUGGAGUCUGAUUGUUGUAAGAUUUCCUUGCAGGUCUCACUGCCCUUUUUUUUUUCCCUCCUAGUGCCGUUUACAGUGAAAGUAAUGAAAAGCAGAUCAAUUCAAGUGUGCACUGUGUUUCAUUUCUGACUCAACAGAAUAUGAACAUUUGGGGAUUGACUUUUUUGUACCUUCUGAAAAUGUCCAUUAAUACAUAUCUUAAUUACUUACAAUAUAUUUUGUAUAUGUUUCCAGAGAAGAUUCAUAAAGGCAAGUAAAUCAUUUUUCUAGUUUCUGACUACAUUUUAAUUGACAGAAUGUUUCUCUGCAAUCUCUCUGCUAAGCAGCACAAAAUCAUAAAAUUUCAGGACUGUUUUGAUGUUGCCACCUGUCAUUAAAGAAGUCAGUCAAAAUGUCUUCUCUUAAGAAGGUUUGAUCUAGGAGUUCCCUGGCGGUCCUGUGGUUAGGACUCCCUGCUUUCACUGCAGGGGGCACGGGUUCAAUCCCUGGUCAGGGAACUAAGAUGCCGCAUGCCGCACAGCACAGCCAAAAAGAAGAAUGAAAAAAAAAAUUUUUUUAAAAGAAGAAGGUUUGAUGGGGCAAGGCUGGAAGGAAUUUACUAUAAUAUGCCCACAAACAUAUCCAUAGUCUAAGUCUGACAGGUGUCCAUCUUUAAACAGCUAGGGGUUAUUGCUGGAUUCGGGAAAACUGGGGAGCCAGAGGAGUACCAACCUCAGCGGGCGAUGGUGGACCUAGUCUACCUUAUGGGACUUGUAUGAAUAAAAAGAUACACAGGCUGGUGGUCACACACUGAAUAAGGAGAUUUAUUCUUUUAAAUGUCCCAGCUGUUUUGUAAAUUCUGAAAGUCAAUCUUAUCAGCAUUUAUGUAAUUUGUUCAUUCAAUGCUUAACAGCUUGCCAUUCUCAUAAAACUGAGGCAUGAGUAGUAAUUUGUUUCUUAAUUCAGAGGGCUUAUCUCUACAAAGUUUCUGAGAUGGUCUACUAGUUUGAUUUUUUCCUUCCUUUUCUGGGACUCUUUUAGAUGUUGGCAAUCCUACUUCUGUCUCCCGUAUCCCUGAGCUAUUCUUUCAUAAUUUCCAUUUCUCUACUGUUUCUGGGAGAGUUUCUCUGUCUGAUCUUUCAACACAACCUUCAUCUAUUCAACCUGCUAUUUAUUCAAUUCAUUGUGGUGAGGUUUUGUAAUAUAUAUUUCAACAAUUUUAUUUUCAUACCUACUAAAUAUUGACAGCCAUGUGGAGGAGGGCUUCUCAUAGACCACUGAUAGAAAUGUCAAGUUGUUACAGCCACUUCAGAAGGCUAUUCGGCAUUGCCAAAGUUGCAUCUGUGCAUACCCUGUGACCAGAAAUUCCACUCAGACACAUGCAACAAAAAUAUGUGCACACGUAGAAAAAGACACACGGAUAUUCAGAGCAGCAUCAGUCAUAAAAGCAAAAACUGAAAGCCAUCCAGGUACAGUAGUCACCUACAGUAGAAUGGGUAGAAAAAAAAUUGUGUUAUAUGUGUAUAUAAUGGAAUGAACAUAAAAGAUCACCACUCAUAGCAACAGAAAUAAAUUUCAGAUGCAAAAUGUUGCAUGAAAGCACAUAGAUACAAAAGAAUACAAAUGGUAUGAUUCCAUUUCUACAAAGUUCAAAAAAAACAAGGGAAAGACAAAACUAUAAUGUCUAGGGAUGCAUGCUUUGAUGGUAAAAUUAUCAAGAAAAGCAAAGAAAUAAUAGCAUAAAAGACAAUUGCAUUUGGGGGGCAAGGGAAGGAGGAAGGACCGCAGGAGGGGCUUGUAUUUGGCAAUGCUUCUUUGCCCUUUGUGGUGGUUACACUGGUGUGCCCUUUGAGAUAAAUCAUUGAGCUGUAUUUUUUAUUUGGUACACUUUCUGUGUGAAUAGUACAUUCCAGAAUGAAACAGUUUUAUAAAAGAGGAGAUGGGAGGUGAGGACAGAAAACAUGUUCUUUGGAAAAGGACUCAACAGCUCUCUAAAAAAAUGGGGACUCUUAGACCAACCUAUGCUUAAUGCUUUGUCUUAAAUCUUGUUUUCCUCUUCCAGCAAAAGAUCCGUUCCUUCAGUUUGGACUGCGUCAGACACUUUUAAUAAAAUACGAAAUUUUCUUCUAACAGUGCCUUCUCUUUAUUGGAGUAUUUUAGCAAGCUAGAGGUGCAUGCAGAAAGAGUGGUUCUUUGCUUAAUGAUAGCAGCAACUGGUUAAAUGAUGUAAUACACAUGCCUACCUACAUAUACCCAUUUAUUUUUUAAACCCUUCUUCAAAGACACUAUAUUUGACUGUAGGGAUGUAUUCAGUCAUUAG